UGCACUAUUCCCACACACCCAACACCAUGGCGCGUGCAGAAGAAAUCGAGUCACUCGGAAAGGUACUCGUCGUUGGCGGGUGCGGUUUUUUGGGAAGCCACAUUGUUAGCUUCAUUGUCAAGCGUCACCCAAAGACACAGAUCGCGGUCCUCGAUUUGCGAACCAGCUCGAAUCGCCACGCCAGCCCGACCGUUUCGUACCAUGAUGGCGACAUCACUGACGCCGCGGCGAUGAAGAGUCUCUUCAACCAGAUUAAGCCCAACUCGGUCAUUCACACAGCCUCUCCACACUUCGACUUGAAGCCCGAGAUCCACGAGAAGGUCAACGUUGGAGGAACAAAGGUUUUGCUACAAGCGGCACAGGAGUCUGGAGUGAAGGCAUUCGUGUACACGAGUUCAGCCAGUGUCGUUCUCGAUCACCAGACAGAGCUCAUCAAUGCUGAUGAGAGAUGGCCUCUUGUUACGGGUGACGACCAGCCCGAAUACUACACAACAACCAAAGCAUAUGCCGAGACUGCCGUACUCCAAGCCAACCGCAAUCCCGAAAACUUCCUCACCUGCGCCAUCCGUCCUGCAGGCAUCUUCGGCGAGGGUGAUGUUCAAUUGCUUCCCAAGAUGGUCGCUGCGUGCCGCAAGGGACAAACCAAGUUCCAGGUCGGUGAUAACACAAACUUGUUCGACUUCACCUAUGUCGAAAACGUCGCCCACGGUCACGUCCUCGCGGUUCUCGCUCUGCUCCAUACCCACAAAGUCCUGCCCACCAUCCCCCUGGACAUCGAGCGUGUUGACGGCGAAGCCUUCUUCAUUACCAAUGGGCAGCCUGUGUACUUUUGGGAUUUUGCGCGCAAAGUGUGGCAUGAGGCAGGUGAUCGGGUGCCCUUGAGCAGUGUGUGGCAUCUCAGCGCCGACGUUGCGUGGGCCAUUGGCGCAGUUUUGGAAAAUCUGUUUUGGCUCAUGGGCAAGAAGCCAAACCUGACUCGGGCCCAAGUAAAGUACAGCAGCAUGUCAAAAUACCACAACAUCAACAAGGCAAGACAGCGAUUGGGAUACGAACCGCUGGUUAAUCUGGAUGAAGGUAUUAAGAGGGGUGUGCAAUACAUCUUGGAACAGGAGAAGAAGGCAGGAGAGAAGAAGGGGCAGUAGGCGCGUCUCCAACACUUUGAAAGAUUUGUCACGAAGAACAUGUUUUAAUGAGCAUGUUUCCAUG